UGUCGUCGAUUCUUUUAAAGUCGGGAUCGAUGUAUCAUAAAUGUCCAAUGCGCAAGCGCAGUGAAUGGGCUUCUUUUGACGUCAAGUCGAAGAAGAAGUUCUGAAAUUGUUUUGAUUCUUGAAAGUUCUUCCGACACUCGAUUUAUUUUAUAACUUCCAAAAAUGACAAGUAAGAUGAAAAGUUGUUGUCAUCGCAUUUUUUAUGUGUAACACACAAUCAGAACAUUAUAUAUAAUAGGCCUACAAGAUAAAUUGUUUUCGGUUGUCUGUAGAAUGACGUAUUUAUAUUUUUAUCCUGUUGCUCUACUGCAGGUGGGACAUAGGAUGUGGUGUUUAUUUCCAGUUUAAACUAAUAUAACAAUUAGUAAAUGUCACUUUUUGCCAGGACGUGUCUGGUGUGGGUUUAAAAUUGUACAUAACAUACAGUAUCUGGAGGACAUUCUAUAUGUGUGUGGAUACGUCUCUGAUCAGUGGUUGGCUAUGAUGAGGCGGCGGAUUGGCGAGCGUGGACUUAAAAUAAUCAAGAUUUGUAGCAGAGGAAAUCAAAGAGAAAAAUCUCGUGAAAAGGCAAUGAAGAAGCAGAAAGAAGCAGAUAAAAAGAAAGGUUCAAAUGAGAAGGGUGCGAAUAGAGGUCUAACAUUAGAGGAAAGAAGGCACAGGGAUGCUGAGAUAAUGAGACAAAAACAGGAGAAAAAAGUAGCAGACGGCCAAGGGGAAAUGAAAAAAUAAAAACAGCCAGACAUAGACUUCAGGAUAUUAGUAUUAUUCAGGAUUAAACAAGUGGACAAGACAGCCUUACAUGACUCUUGAGAUUGCUGGGUAGAAUUGGGGAUGUUAUCACAUUUGUGUAAUGUAAUUUUCUGUGAAAAUGGACCCAUAAAAACGAAAACGUCAAUAGAAGAGGAUAUUCUAUUUUCAGUUAUGUUAAUUUUAUCUAUAAAAUUUGUAAGUUAAGAUUUUUUUUAAAGCAAAAACUGCAUAUUCAGAAUCUUGGGGCUCUCGCAGGUAUCUUUUUGCAAAUUUGAAUUGAUAUUACAACCCAUUAAACCUCAUAUAGUGUAAAAUCAAUUGUUAUCAAAAUCAGACAGAUAAAAUAUUUGUAUUUCUGAAAGAUUGUAGUUGAAAAAUGUCAAAUUUUGUUUAUACUGUCUGACCUGAUUCAUCUGAUUUAAAAUUUCAAAUACAUCACCUUCACAUUGAUUGAAAUUUUACUACCUAUUAUUUCAUGACAAUUCAUACAAAUCUACAAUGCACAUGUAGUUCUACUUAACAUCAGAUAUGUGAGGAGACUUACUGAAACUGUUUUUAUGACAGUAUCCUUGUUUUUGAGAAAAUCUCAUCAGUGUAUGUUUUCAGACAAAGUGGAUCCAGACCUGAACUCCUUCUCCAAGAAACUUUGGAUCUGUGCAUGAUAAGAUGUUUGAUAGCAAUUGUAUUACUUUAAGUUUUGUCAAGUUAUAUCUGCGAGUGCCCUAAAAUUCAUUAAUUGAUGUAAUGGUGCAGAAGUUUUAAAAGAUAGCAUCAAUCAUUUGCUUUCGCAAUUUCACUAAAUAUUUUAUUGUGGAUAUUUGAAUCAUUUCUUGUGUGGUUUUAUGGAUGAAGAUCAGGGGAAUAUUUGUGUACAAUUUUGGUAAUGAUUUACUGGAAUUUAAUUUUUUCUGGCAAGGUUUUAAAAAAUCAUUUAUUUAGUGACGUGUAGUUGGAUUUGAUCCAUAAUGUUCUUGUUAACAUUUUUUUUUUUUUUUUUUUUUACAUUUGUUACAAUUUUAUAAAAUGUACAGGGAAUGUGAAGAAUUUCAUUUGGUGACAUUUUCAAAUUCUGCAAACUGUAACUGCAUGUAUUGAUAUAUGUAGGAGGAAAUUGUACACCACAUAUAAAUUCUUAUUAAAAGCACAUUUUUCAUG